CUGAGUGAAAGGAGCUGAGGACACCGGAAGUAGUUGAGCUCAGUCUCCCGGGGUCACGCUGCUGUGCAAAGAUGUCGCCGUCCUUAUUUAAUUUUGUCGACGCUAAAGACAAAUUUACGGCUUCGGCCCGGAAUGCCCUGUGUGGGAAAACCAGCAAACCUCUGAUAAAUGCUUUCAACCAGAUCCCCGGGAAUGAGACGGAGAAGAAAACCACACUCGACCAGGCUUUGAGGGGUGUCCUCGGUGAUCAGAUUGUUGAGCAGAAGGCAAGCUGUGAUGACUACCUGUCUCUCAUCUACCUUAGCAUUGAUGCAGUCACAGAGGGUAUCUGCUCUGCCACAACUCCUUUCCUUCUGCUGGGAGAUGUGCUGGACUGUCUUCCUCUUGAUCAGUGUGACAGGAUAUUCUCUUUUGUUGAGGAAAAUGUCUCUACCUGGAAGUCGAACUCUUUUUACACGGCCGGGAAGAACUACUUGUUGAGGAUGUGCAACGAUCUCCUAAGAAGGCUGUCCAAAUCCCAGAAUACAGUAUUCUGUGGUCGGAUCCAGCUUUUCCUGGCUCGCCUCUUCCCUCUGUCUGAGAAAUCAGGUCUCAAUCUGCAGAGCCAGUUCAACCUGGACAACAUCACAGUAUUCAACAAAAAUGAACAAGAAAGCACUCUUGGACAGAAGCACAUAGAAGAAAAGGAAGAUGGUAUGGAGGUAGAAGAAGGAGAGAUGGGAGAAGAGGAUACACCUGCACCGUGUUCCAUUCCGAUCGACUACAACUUGUACAGGAAGUUUUGGACACUUCAGGACUACUUCAGAAACCCAGUGCAGUGUUACGAUAAAUUUUCUUGGAUGACAUUCCUUAAGUACUCAGAUGAGACCUUGGCAGUAUUCAAGAGCUACAAGCUGGAUGACAUGCAGGCCUCCAAGAGGAAGCUGGAGGAGCUCAGGACAUCUGGAGGAGAGCAUGUUUAUUUUGCUAAGUUCCUCACAAGUGAAAAGCUGAUGGACUUGCAGCUCAGCGACAGCAACUUCAGACGCCACAUCCUGCUGCAGUACCUCAUCCUCUUCCAGUACCUGAAGGGCCAAGUCAAGUUCAAAAGCUCCAGCUGUGUUCUGAAUGAUGACCAGACCACGUGGAUUGAAGAGACAACAAAACUGGUUUACCAGCUGCUGAGAGAGAUCCCUCCUGAUGGAGACAAGUUUGCCACCAUGGUUGAGCAUAUCCUCAACACAGAGGAGAACUGGAACGCUUGGAAAAAUGAAGGGUGUCCAAGCUUCGUGAAAGAGAGGACUAUAGAUGACAAACCCAAGAGGCCCACCCGGAAAAGACAAGCUCCAGAGGACUUCCUCGGAAAAGGCCCAGACCGCAAGAUCUUCAUGGGAAAUGACGAGCUGACCAGACUGUGGAACCUGAACCAGGACAACAUGGAGGCCUGCAAGUCAGACAGCAGGGAGUUCAUGCCGUCCCUGGACGAAUUCUUUGCCGAGGCCAUUGAACAGGCUGACCCAGCCAACAUGGUGGAGGAUGAGUACAAGGCUGUGCGGAAUUCAAACUACGGCUGGCGCGCUCUCAGGCUGCUGUCCAGGAGGAGCCCGCACUUCUUUCAGCCAACAAACCAGAAGUUCAAGAGCCUGGCAGACUACCUGGACAGCAUGGUUAGCAAACUGGCCAAAGAACUGCCGAAGGACAUCCCCUCUGAAGAGAUCAAGACAGGAGAGGAGGAUGAUGAUGAUAAUGGAGACAAUCUUCUCAAAGAGAGCAACGACAGUCCAAGCAUGCAGAGCAAACUGGUGACCAAUCAGCAGAUGGACGAUGUAGCAGUUAAACUGGGCGCUCAGUGGAAGACCCUGGCCGAGCAGCUGGAGAUGAAGGCUGCAGACUUGCGGGAGAUCGAGACGGAUAGUGAAGAGGUGGACAUGCAGGCCAAACUGCUGCUUGUAGCCUGGCAGGACAGAGAGGGGGCGCAGGCCACUGUGGAGAACCUGGUCACAGCCCUCAACGCUGCAGGGUUCUCCCAAAUCGCCGACAGCCUCAGUGAAGCAUAAAGUAGAUCGUCAGUCACCUAAAUGUUUUUAAUAUCACCUUGUGUCACCCCCCGUUUCAUCCCAAACACUUUUGAAACAGAAAAUUUUGUAUGUUGUACAGUUUGAAGCGCAGAUUGUUGUUUUUCACAGUAAAAAUUCAAUAAAGACUGUUUUUCUAACA